AUGAAUACGCCUCGUAAAUGCAGAAAGAAAGUGCCAUAUCGACGCAGCAGAAACAGGGAGUCCAUCGCCAGGAUCCACCUGCGUCUGACUGGAGCAAAAGUCGUUUUUCGUCCGCGCUUAAACUCCUAUCCGCCACCUGGGGACGCGCCACGUAGCCUCGAGCCUAACCGGCUAUCAGGAUUCUACAACGAUAUUAACAUUGACGUCAAAACAGGUGUUAGGCAAGGCGAUACCAUAUUGCUAAAAUUAUUUUCCGCCACCUUCCAGAACGUCAAGCGAGCGUUGGAAUGGGAUCAUAUGGGAGUGAAAUUCGAUGGUCGGCAGUUACACCAUCUCUGCUUUGAUGGUGACAUCGUGUUUGUAACACCAAACAUAGCCAAACCCAAGCGAAGCCUCCAUCGACGUCAGCGUGCUGUUCAUCGUCUCGUUGAAGAGCUUAGUAGCGGCAAGGUUCUAAACAAAUACCUCAUCCCCAUUAUACAUCCGUACCUUGGAGACACGGAGAGCAAAUUUUCAGCGUUAUCUGAUGAAUGUCUUCGCCUUCUUAAAUAUACUAUGGGGAUCGCACCCUGGCUGAAAUAUGUGUCAUGCUUGGAUUUAUGGUUGAAGCGUUUGGAUGAACCGGAAGGGAAUCAUAAGGCUAUAAUAAGAGCUAUUGUGUGUAUAGUCGAUGCCUUCCAUUAUGAAGUAGCUGGAGUUGACGAGACUACCGACGGUGACGAAAUGGAUAAGCGUUUUGUUGUUCGUGAUAAGCUAGUUCGCGAUAUGCUACCAAAGCUGACGAGCUCCAUAAAUGGAAACUCUACCGCACUAAGUGUUCAUCGUAAAGCUCGCACAGCAACUACUAAGCAGUACACUAGAGAUGACGAUAUUCGACGAGCUCCAGUUGCUCUAGCAAUCGUAAAACUCCUUCGAAAAUUGCCGGAAAGUAUUAGUCGGCAGUAUCUUCAUGGAGUAAUUCUGAAGUUGUGCUUUCUGAUGAUGUCGCGAUCAAUAGACGUACGUGAUACUGCUCGGAAAGUUGUCGUACAGCUUCACGUGAUGAUCUACACAGUACACACCCUUAUUGCAGCAAUGCAACAAUUCUUGAAAAGUGGAGACCUUGACGCUUGCCUGGAUGAUGUGUUAGAUAUAAUUGUUCAAGAGCAGUUUGGAAACGUAUCUGAAGAAAAAGAAGUUGGAGAAAUAAAGGCAGAAGUAAUCGAAGCAAAGAAAAACCGCUCACCAGGGACGUUACUCUUACUCGGACGCUUUGUCUCGUCGUCUGCCGUCGUUGUUCUGCUGAAGCGUUUUGAGUUCGUAGGCAUCGUGGACUCGCUAACAUCUUCUAAAAUGAUUUCGCGUGCAAGGAAUUUACUUUCCAUGUUUGCAAAUGGGCUAAAAGAUAACGAAGGCUUCGCCCCGGCUUCACAGCUCAUUAUGAUUCACCAAAUGCUCGUAGCAAAUAUUGAGAAAGUGAAAAUGGUUUCGGUUAGCAAGCCUGAAAUAGUGGAGAAAGUGGAGAAACCAAAAAGUUGCCUCCUACUACCAUCGGUCAUCUCUCAUGCUCUUCGCUGCCUUAUCGGUGUGUUGCACUUGGCGCUUCCUUCUAUCCAGUCAUCUCUUGAUGUUUUGUCAAAGAGACUGUUUUCACUGCUAUCUGAAUAUUCAAUUCUUGGAAACGCUGCUAAUAAGGAGUCUGUGCUUAGUAUUAAUCAACUUUUGUGCAAGUCAUUUACACAGUUGAUUGCCAUGUCAAAUACUUCGUUUCUUACGGAUGAGCAUAUAGCUCUCCUUUUGAGCUAUGCUGAAAUAGACAUAGUAGAUACAAAUCGGCAAGCCACCGCCUUCGCUCUCAUCAAGGCACUUGUACGGAGGAAAAUCCAACACCCUCAAGUUUUGGACGUUAUAAAAAAGCUCAAAGAGAUGUCAGUUACGUCGUCAUUUCCUCACAUUAGGACGCAGUGUAGAGAGGUUCUUUUGGAAUUUAUCGGGAAUCAUCCUAGUUCGGAUAAUCCGCAGAAGUAUAUCGAAUGGUUCAUCGCUCAGUUAGGCUAUGAGUUUGAAGAUGGUCGUCUCAGCGCUGUUGAAAUGUUGCACAGUCUCUUCUCUCGGCUUCAGCCAGUGGAUUCUUUGGAGUCGUUGAUGAAAUGCGAGAGCUCCGUAGCUGUUCGAUUGUCUGCUGCAUGUCUCAUCGGUCAAUGUCUGAACAACUAUGAGAGGACAUUCUUCACCUCUGAGCGCUCCAUGAAGCUAGUUCAGUGGUGCUACUGGCAGUUGCGUGACAGGAUACUAGCUGAGGACAUUGCCUUGCAGGCGUCGAAGAUUUUAAUGGCUAUUUCGCGUCAUUUGAAUGAAGAGCACUUCAAUAUGCUGGUGGAAAAACUUGCAAAUAUUUGUCGAUUCGAGAUCGUUCAUCAGCCGAAUCUCUCUCUAAAGCGCACGACUUGCCUGAAAAUGGCCGCAGCACUUGCAGUGCGUGAAGAAGAUUCGUCAAAAUUGGUUGCUAUCGUACAAUUAUUCCUUCCAUUCUUGGUUCACGAGAUGAACAGCAAAUCGUCUCAAGAUAAAGAAUUACAUUCGAUUUCGAUUGAAGUGGGUGAAGUAUUCAAAUCCAAAGUAGGAGAACAACGAUAUGCAACGAUGUUGGCUGAAUGUCAAAAGGCCGCCGUUAUUAAAGCAGUACAACGAAAACGUAAACUGAAGGAACUCUCAGUGACAAAUCCCGAAGAGGCGGCUCUUCUUAAACGGAAGAAAACUGCAAAAAAGGCGCUUUUGAAGAGGCGGAAAAUCGACGCUCUCAAGCCGUAUCGUGUCAGCAACCGUCGACGUGUGAUGCAAAAGCAAAUGGAGCAAAGCGAAAACUAG